UAGAGAGAGAGACAGAGAGAUGUCAUGUGCAGUUGUGUCCCAACUGUAAAGCCGGAGGUAUCUGGAGGUAUCUGAGCUCUCCCUCAUCAUUUUUGCUUUCUUCCCUGGGAUGGGACGCGUGCAACUCUAAUUUAUGUCAGUAUUCUCUGAUCGAGCGAAGAUGGUGUCUUCGCUCCAGAUUAUGUGGAUGUUCAAGGAUGGGGUGAUUCUGUUCUGUACACCGUUCCUGCUCCUCCCGCUGCCUCUACUGAUCGGAACCACGGAGGCAAGAUGUGCCUAUGUGAUAGCUCUGAUGGCAGUGUACUGGUGUACUGAGGUAUUGCCACUAGCGGUGACUGCUCUCCUGCCCGCUGUCCUUUUCCCUCUGUUUGGCAUCAUGGAGUCCAAGCAGGUGUGUAUGCAGUACCUGAAGGACACCAACAUGCUGUUUGUAGGCGGUCUGAUGGUGGCUGUUGCCGUGGAGACAUGGAACCUUCACAAGCGCAUCGCCCUCAGGGUUCUACUUGUUGUGGGGGUGCGGCCUGCCCUUCUGAUGCUAGGGUUCAUGGGUGUGACAGCGUUCCUGUCCAUGUGGAUCAGUAACACAGCCACCACAGCUAUGAUGGUCCCCAUUGUCCAGGCUGUCCUGGAGCAGCUCAACAGCCCACAGAAUGGGGAGAAGCCCUUGCCCAUCUCCCAGAGCCAGGAGAAUGGUAUGAUUCCUGAGGAAAGACUGGAGAACAGUUCAAACCCACAGGACAAACUUAUCAUCCAGGACAAUCACAUUCCACUGGAGAAACCAGCCACAGAGGAUAAACUGGACUCCCCAGACAAACCAGUUCACCAGGACAACUCUCUGGCUGAUGGGAAGCCAGUGGUAGUGUCCAUGGUCUUGAAGGAGGGGACUGAAGCAGAGGAGCAGGUUGGGGAGGAAGAGGAGGAGAAGGAGAGGACGAAAAUGUGUAAAGGCUUGAUGUUGUGUGUGUGUUACGCUGCCAGCAUCGGAGGCACUGCCACUCUCACUGGUACCGGACCCAACCUCGUCCUCACAGGGCAGAUGAACCAACUCUUCCCUCAGAACGGUGAUGUGGUUAACUUUGCCUCGUGGUUCGCCUUUGCCUUCCCCACAAUGCUGCUAAUGCUGACGCUGGCCUGGCUCUGGCUCCAGCUCGUCUUCAUCGGCUUCGAUCUGAAGCGUACGUGGGGCUGUGGUGCUGUGCAGUCAGAGAAAGAACAUGCAGCGUAUGAUUUGAUCCGUGAGGAGCAUCGUCGUCUGGGGCCAGUGUCCUAUGGAGAGUUGAGUGUCCUGGGGCUCUUCAUUCUGCUGGUGGUGUUGUGGUUCACACGAAGCCCAGGCUUCAUCAACGGAUGGGCAACCCACAUCUUCAACACAAAGGCAGAGUUUGUGACUGAUGCCACAGUGGCAGUGUUUGUUGCCGUGCUGUUGUUCGUCUUGCCCUCUGAGCCCCCCCGCUACCUCUGCUUCUGGAGAACACAGAGCUUUGACACAGAGGCCCCCCGCGGCCCCACCCCUGCCCUGCUGACCUGGCAGGUGACCCAGAGGAAGAUGCCCUGGAGCAUUGUACUGCUGCUAGGAGGAGGCUUCGCUCUGGCUAAGGGCAGCGAGGUGUCUGGUCUGUCGCGGUGGCUGGGUGAUCAGAUGAUACCUCUCUGCUCCAUCCCUCCCUGGGCCAUCGCAGUCAUUCUCUGUCUCCUCACUGCCAUCUUCACUGAGUGUGCCAGCAACGUGGCUACCGCUACACUCUUCCUGCCCAUCCUAGCUUCCAUGUCCCAAUCCAUAGGAGUGAACCCACUGUAUGUGAUGGUACCCUGUACCCUCAGUGCCUCCUUUGCCUUCAUGCUCCCUGUCGCCACGCCUCCUAACGCCAUCGUGUUCUCUUAUGGAUACCUGAAGGUGUCGGAUAUGGCUAAGACAGGUAUAGUGAUGAACAUCCUUGGGAUCCUGUGUAUCACUCUGGCCAUUAACAGCUGGGGUAGAGCCAUUUUCAACCUGGACACCUUCCCCUCCUGGGCCAACACCACCGCUAACAUCACUACAGGAGGAUGAGGGGAGGGGGGGGGAUGACCCCCAAAAACACCAUCAUAUGCCCCUGUACUGCAAUACCACUGCUACCGAUGCCAAAAAGGGGAGGAGGGAGGAGGAGACCACUGACAACCCUCACUGGGGCAACAGAGGGCUGGCCAUGGGAACACUGGUUUACUGGUUUAUUAUCAGUGUAUUUUAUACUUAUUAUGUACAGAUAAUAUUAUUAUAUUAUAUGGUAAUGAGGGAGCCUUAGAGAACUCGGAUGAUAAAUAACUUGUAAAAGCCAAGACACGCUGUAAUACUGUAACUUAUAUUUGUAUUAAUGGCAAUAUUGUGAUAUCAAUUGAUAUUAUAUAAAUAUAUUAUCUUACAUAAAAUUACAGUGCCUUUGGAAAGUAUUCAGAACCCUUGACUUUUUCCACAUUUAGUUAUUACAGCCUUAUUCCUCAUCAAUCUACCCACAAUAACCCAUAAUGACAAAGCAAAAACAGGCUCAGAAAAUGUUGCUAAUUUAUUCAAAUAAAAAACAGAAAUAUCACAUUUACAGAAGUAUUCAGACCCUUUACUCAGUGCUUUGUUGAAGCACCUUUGGCAGCGAUUACAGCCUCAAGUCUUCUUGGGUAUGACACUACAAAAUUGGCACAUUUGUAUUUGGGGAGUUUCUCCCAUUCUUCUCUGCAGAUCCUCUCAAGCUCUGUCAGGUUGGAUGGGGAGCGUUGCUGCACAGCUAUUUUCAGGUCUGUCCAGACAUGUUCGAUCGGGUUUAAGUCCGAGCUCUGGCUGGGCCACUCAAGGAUAUUCAGGGACUUGUCCCGAAGGAUCUCAACAAGGAUCUCUCUGUACUUUGCUCCGUUCGUCUUUGCCUCGAUCCUGACUAGUCUCCCAGUCCCUACCGCUGAAAAACAUCCCCAUAGCAUGAUGCUGCCGCCACCAUGCUUCACCGUAGGGAUGGUGCCAGGUUUCCUCCAGAUGUGGCGCUUGGCAUUCAGGCCAAAGAGUUCAAUCUUGGUUUCAUCAUACCAGAGAAUCUUAUUUCUCAUGGUCUGAGAGUCUUUAGGUGCCUUUUGGUAAACUCAGUGGGCUGUCAUGUGCCAUUGACUGAUUAGUGGCUUCCGUCUGGCCAUAAAGGCCUGAUUGGUGGAGUGCUGCAGAGAUGGUUUGUCCUUCUGGAAGCUUCGCCCAUCUUCAUAGGAGAACUCUAAAGCUCACUACAAAAUUGUAGCUCACUUUGACACAAAGUGACAAUCAGGUUCUUGGUCACCUCCCUGACCAAGGCCCUUCUCCCCCGAUUGUUCAGUUUGGCCGGGCGGCCAGCUCUAGGAAGAGUAUUGGUGGUUCCGAACUUCUUCCAUUUAAGAAUGUUGGAGGCCACUUUGGGGACCUUCAAUGCUGCAGAUAUUUUUUGGUACCCUUCCCCAGAUCUGUGCCUCGACACAAUCCUGUUUCGGAGCUCUACGGACAAUUCCUUCGUCCUCAUGUCUUGGUUUUUGCUCUGACAUGCACUGUCAACUGUGGGGCCUUAUAUAGUCAGGUGUGUGCCUUUCCAAAUCAUGUCCAAUCAAUUGAAUUUACCAAAGGUGGACUCCAGUCAAGUUGUAGAAACAUCUCAAGGAUGAUCAAUGGAAACAGGAUGCACCGGAGCUCAAUUUCGAGUCUCAAAGCAAAGGGUCUGAAUACUUGUGUAAAUAAGGUUUUUCUGUUUUUGUAUUUAAUACAUUUGCAAACAUUUCUUAAAACCUGUUUUUGCUUUGUCAUAAUGGGGUAUUGUGUGUAGAUUGCUGAGGAUUACAUUUGUUUUAUCCAUUUUGGAAUAAGGCUAUAUCUUAACAAAAUGUGGAAAAAGUCAAGGGGUCUGAGUACUUUCCGAAGGCACUGUAUGAUAGUUGCUUUUCAGUAAGUGUAAUAACCAAUUUAGCUAAAAACCUGGUUGCCUCUGCCAGGAAACUGACAAUCUUCCAGCAAGACAAUAACCCCAAGCACACAUCAAAAUCCACAAGGAAAUUGUUCAUUGACAACAAAAUCUACAAUUUGCAAUGGCCUUUUCAGCCUUGGCUUUGAAGAGGGCAGUCCAUAAGCGCAGACGGAGGACAUCAAGGAUCUGGAAAGAUUCUGUAUGGAGUAAUGGUCUAAGAUCCCUCCCAAGGUGUUAUCUAAUCUCAUAAAACAUUUUAGAAAAAGGUUCAGUGUCAAUAUCCUUGCAAGGGUAGGGUGCUGGAGUACUGAAAACAGAGGAGCCAAUAAUAUAUUUAUUACUUGUUAAAAUAAAUCUUUCUGAGCAACUGUUUUAGUAUAAAAGAACAGUCAACAUGUGAGCGUACAAUACAGCUCAGUAUUUGUAUUAUA